AUGUCUGACAGCCUCUGGCAGGCCGGCUCCCGUGCCGCCGCGGGCGCCCGGGUCUCUCGGCGCCCGGGUCCCCGCCCGCCCACUGCCUCCGAGUCCCUCCCCCCUUGGGUCCCGCAGCCUCUGGAAGCCUCUCUCAGGCUCAGCCUCGCGCCGCCGCCGUGCCGGGGCUCAGUGUCCAGCCCCCACCCCGGCGGCUGCCUCCCCGGCCCCUGGCUGUCGCCCCGGACCGUCGGCGGUCUGCAGAGGCCGGCGCGGCCCGCACGUGGGGAGGGGGCGUCUCGGGAGCACGGGGCCCGCGGUAGGGGCGGAGCCAAGGAGCCGGGCGCGCGGUCGGCGCGGGCGGACGGAGGUCAGCGGCCGCCGGAGGGGGACCCAGGCGUCCGGGAGGCGGUGCCAGAGCUCCUGGGCUCCACCAAGAAGAUCAAUGUCAACUUUCAGGACCCUGACGGCUUCUCUGCCCUGCACCACGCUGCCCUGAAUGGCAACACGGAACUGAUCACCCUGCUGCUGGAGGCCCAGGCUGCUGUGGACAUCAAGGACAACAAAGGCAUGCGGCCGCUGCACUACGCGGCGUGGCAGGGCCGGAAGGAGCCCAUGAAGCUGGUGCUGAAGGCAGGCUCGGCGGUGAACAUCCCAUCUGACGAGGGCCACAUCCCUCUGCACCUGGCAGCCCAGCACGGUCACUAUGAUGUGUCAGAGAUGCUGCUGCAGCACCAGUCCAACCCGUGCAUGGUGGACAACUCCGGGAAGACGCCCCUAGACCUGGCCUGUGAGUUCGGCCGCGUCGGGGUGGUCCAGUUGCUCCUGAGCAGCAACAUGUGUGCGGCCUUGCUGGAGCCUCGACCGGGGGACGCCACGGACCCCAACGGCACCAGCCCCCUGCACCUGGCGGCCAAGAACGGCCAUAUCGACAUCAUCAGACUCCUCCUCCAAGCCGGCAUUGACAUUAACCGCCAGACCAAGGCCGGCACAGCCCUGCACGAGGCCGCACUCUGUGGGAAGACAGAAGUGGUUCGGCUACUGCUGGAUAAUGGGAUUAAUGCCCAUGUGAGGAACACCUACAGCCAGACGGCCCUGGACAUUGUGCACCAGUUCACCACGUCCCAAGCCAGCAAGGAGAUCAAGCAGCUGCUGCGAGAGGCCUCGGCAGCCCUACAGGUCCGGGCGACCAAGGAUUAUUGCAACAAUUACGACCUGACCAGCCUCAAUGUGAAAGCUGGGGACAUCAUCACGGUCCUCGAGCAGCAUCCAGACGGCCGGUGGAAGGGCUGUAUCCAUGACAACCGGACAGGCAACGACCGGGUGGGCUACUUUCCGUCCUCCCUGGGCGAGGCCAUUGUGAAGCGAGCAGGUUCUCGAGCAGGUGCUGAGCCAAGCCCAUCACAGGCCGGCAGUUCAUCAGGGCCCUCCGCGCCCCCCGAGGAGAUCUGGGUGCUGAGGAAGCCUUUUGCAGGUGGGGACCGCGGCGGCAGCUUGAGCGCCGUGGCCGGUGCAAGAGGCAGCGGGGGCCACACCCUGCACGCAGGCUCCGAAGGGGUCAAGCUCCUGGCAACAGUGCUCUCACAGAAGUCCGUCUCUGAGUCCGGCCCUGGGGACAGCCCCGUCAAGCCUCCAGAGGGCUCCACAGGUGCGGCCCGGGCCCAGGCUCCCGCGGCCCAUGCAGGGCAGGUGUAUGGGGAUGAGCCGCCCAGGAAGCUGGAGCCGGCCUCGGAGGGCAAGAGUGCCGAGGCCGUGAGCCAGUGGCUCGCCACAUUCCAGCUGCAGCUCUACGCCCCCAAUUUCAUCAGCGCGGGCUACGACCUGCCCACCAUCAGCCGCAUGACCCCAGAGGACCUCACGGCCAUUGGGGUCACCAAGCCAGGCCACCGGAAGAAGAUCACUGCGGAGAUCAGCGGCCUGAGCCUCCCCGACUGGCUACCUGAGCACAAACCCGCGAACCUGGCGGUGUGGCUGUCCAUGAUCGGCCUGGCCCAGUACUACAAGGUGCUGGUGGACAACGGUUAUGAGAACAUCGACUUCAUCACUGACAUCACCUGGGAGGACCUGCAGGAGAUCGGCAUCACUAAACUGGGACACCAGAAGAAGCUGAUGCUGGCGGUGAGGAAACUGGCGGAACUGCAGAAGGCUGAGUACGCCAAGUACGAGGGGGGGCCCCUGCGCCGGAAGGCCCCACAGUCGCUUGAAGUGAUGGCCAUUGAAUCGCCAACCCCGCCCGAGCCAGCCCCGGCUGAGUGCCAGUCUCCUAAGAUGACCACCUUCCAGGACAGCGAGCUCAGUGGCGAGCUGCAGGCUGCCAUGACUGGCCCAGCAGAGGGGGCUGCCGCCGCCACUGCCGAGAAGCCCUCCAACCACCUGCCCCCCACACCGAGGGCCUCCGUGCGGCAGGAGCCCGGCCUGGGUGGACAGGCACGACACAUGAGCAGCUCUCAGGAGCUGCUGGGUGAUGGACCCCCUGGGCCUGGCAGCCCCAUGUCACGAAGCCAGGAGUACCUGCUGGAUGAGGGGCCGGCCCCCGGCACCCCACCCAAGGAGACCCGGCCCAGCCGCCACGGCCAUAGUGUCAAGCGGGCCAGUGUGCCCCCGGUGCCGGGCAAGCCACGGCAGGUCCUUCCUCCAGGUGCCAGCCACUUUACGCCCCCUCAGACGCCCACUAAAGCCCAGCCAGGCUCCCCUCAGGCCCUGGGGGGGCCUCACGGUCCCACCCCAGCCACAGCCAAGGUGAAGCCCACCCCACAGCUCCUGCCACCAACAGAGAGACCCAUGUCACCCCGCUCGCUGCCUCAGUCACCCACACACCGUGGCUUUGCCUACGUGCUACCCCAGCCCAUGGAGAGCGAUGCAGGGCCAGCUGCUCCCGGGCCUGCACCUGUGGCUGCGCCCCCGCCCGUGCCCACGCUGUGCCUACCGCCGGAGGCCGACGUGGAGCCUGGGCGGCCCAAGAAGCGUGCCCACAGCCUGAAUCGCUAUGCAGCAUCCGACAGUGAGCCAGAGCGGGACGAACUGUUGGUGCCAGCUGCGGCGGGGCCCUAUGCCACCGUCCAGCGGCGUGUGGGCCGGAGCCACUCGGUGCGCGCGCCUGCCGGCACCGACAAGAACGUCAACCGCAGCCAGUCUUUCGCCGUGCGGCCCCGAAAGAAGGGGCCGCCCCCGCCCCCGCCCAAGCGUUCCAGCUCAGCCAUGGCCAGCGCCAACCUGGCCGACGAGUCGGUACCAGAUGCUGAGACAGAGGGGGCUGGGACUGAGGAUGGCCGGCUGGGGGUGCGGGCCCAGCGCCGGCGGGCUAGUGACCUGGCCAGCAGCGUGGACACAGGCAGUGCCGGCAGCGUGAAGAGCAUCGCAGCCAUGCUAGAGCUGUCCUCCAUUGGGGGUGGGGGCCGGGCGGCCCGCAGGCCCCCAGAGGGCCACCCCACGCCUCGCCCUGCCAGUCCAGAGCCAGGCCGGGUAGCCACAGUGUUGGCCUCAGUGAAGCACAAGGAAGCCAUCGGGCCCGAUGGCGAGGUGGUGAACCGGCGCCGCACGCUCAGCGGGCCCGUCACGGGACUUCUGGCCACUGCCCGCCGUGGGCCUGGGGAGUCAGGGGGGCCUCCGGAUCAUGGCCACCUUGUGGAAGAGGGUGCCACGCGGCAGCGGUCUCGAGGGCCAGCCAAGGGUGAGGCGAGUGUGGAGGGCCCGCCCCUGGCCAGGGUGGAGGCCAGUGCCACACUCAAAAGGCGCAUCCGAGCUAAGCAGAGCCAGCAGGAGAACGUCAAGUUCAUCCUGACUGAGUCUGACACGGUCAAGCGCCGGCCCAAGGCCAAGGAGAGGGAGGCAGGUCCCGAGCCACCACCGCCACUGUCCGUGUACCAGAACGGCACCGGCACCGUGCGCCGCAGACCCACCUCUGAGCAGGCAGGGCCCCCAGAGCUGCCCCCCCCACCUCCACCUGCAGAACCCCCGCCCUCUGACCUGCUGCACCUCCCCCCUCUUCCCCCACCUGACACGGAUACCCGGAAGCCAGCAAAGCCGCCAGUCUCUCCUAAGCCCGUGCUGGCUCAGCCCGUGCCCAAGAUCCAGGGCUCACCCACGCCUGCCUCCAAGAAGGUGCCGCUGCCAGGUCCUGGCAGCCCAGAGGUGAAGCGCGCCCACGGCACGCCGCCGCCCGUGUCUCCUAAGCCGCCGCCGCCGCCCACGGCGCCCCCCUCGUCCGCGGAGGAGAAGAGCACAGGCAGCAUUCUGGACGACAUCGGCAGCAUGUUCGACGACCUGGCGGACCAGCUGGACGCCAUGCUGGAGUGA